UGCAGACUUUGACCUUGCGCUCCAGUCCUAGCUGGCGGGCAGAGGGCUGAAGUGAAUACACCCCAACAAUCAGGAUCUUCCCUGCAGGAAACAGGACCCCGUGCCUCCAGCUGCUGCCCUGAUUUUCCAGAAGUCUGCGCAAGGGGAGAGGAACAGCGCAGCCGGCAUGAUGCGCGUGGUGGUGAUCGGAGCGGGCGUCAUCGGGCUGUCCACCGCCCUCUGCAUUCACGAGCGCUACCGCUCAGUGCAGCCGCUGAGCGUGCAGGUCUACGCUGACCACUUCACCCCGCUGACCACCACUGACGUGGCUGCGGGCCUCUGCCAGCCCUAUCUCUCCACGCCCAGCAACCCACAGGAGGCGGAGUGGAGCCAGCAGACCUUUGACUACCUCCUGAGUCAUUUGCAUUCUCCUAAUGCUGAUAAAAUGGGCCUUGCCCUGAUCUCGGGCUACAAUCUCUUCCGUGACACAGUUCAGGAACCUUUCUGGAAAGACACAGUUCUGGGGUUUCGGGAGCUGACUCCCAGAGAACUGGAUAUAUUCCCUGAUUAUAGCUAUGGCUGGUUCCACACAAGCCUGAUUCUGGAGGGGAAGGCGUAUUUGCAGUGGCUGACAGAGCGGUUAACUGAGAGGGGAGUGAAGUUCAUCCAGCGGAAGGUGGAGUCUUUGGAGGAGGUGGCAAGAGGAGGUGCGGAUGUGAUUAUCAACUGCACGGGCGUGUGGGCUGGGGCGCUGAAGCCAGACGCCCAGCUGCAACCAGGCAGAGGACAGGUCAUUCGGGUGGACGCCCCGUGGAUGAAGCAUUUCAUCAUCACGCAUGACCCAGCACAAGGCAUCUACACCUCCCCGUACAUCAUCCCAGGCAUUCAUGAAGUCACUCUUGGAGGCAUCUUCCAGCUAGGGAACUGGAGUGAGGUGAAAAGCGUCCAGGACCACAACACCAUUUGGAAGGGCUGCUGCAAACUGGCACCCACCCUGAAGAAUGCAAGAAUUGUUGGUGAAUAUGUCGGCUUCCGACCAGUGCGGCCCCAGGUCCGGCUAGAAAGAGAGUGGCUUCAUGCUGGAUCUUUAAAAGCAGAGGUCAUCCAUAAUUAUGGUCAUGGAGGCUAUGGGCUCACGAUUCACUGGGGCUGUGCCCUGGAGGCUGCCAGGCUCUUUGGGAAAAUUCUGGAAGAAAAGAAGUUGUCCAGCAUACCACCACCUCACCUCUGAGAACUCCAGUAACUACCGCUUUUCCCGUGAGGACUUCCGAUCCCCUCAGCCAAUUAAUCAAUGCACUUUUUGAUAAGCCCUCACUUGCCUCCCCCCUCCUCCACCACUGACACUCCUGGCUUCUUCCCAUAAAGAUACACUGUAAAGGGCUGGAGAGAUGGCUUAGCAGUUAAGGUGCUUGCCUUCAAAGCCUAAGGACCCAGGUUCGAUUCUCCAGAACCCUUAUAAGUUAGAUAUACAUGGUGGCGCAUGCAUCUGGAGU